UCAUUUUCAUUCACAUGAAAAGUACCUUUGGAUGUGAGAAUUCGUGUGUGCGAUAAUGAUUUUUUGAUAAAUUCCGUGUUAUUUAGUUAGAUUAUAACAAAUUUAUCAUUAACAAUGGUGACUAUAAUAAAGAACCAACUGUUAAAACACCUAUCGAGGUUCACAAAGAAUCUGUCACCAGAACAGAUCUCCCUCUCAGCGUUGCGAGGGUCUGGUGAGCUGCAGGACCUGACCUUGGACGAGGAGUUGCUGACAGACCUGCUGGAGCUGCCAGGCUGGGUGAGGCUCACGUCUGCAAAGUGCAACAGAGCCUCUUUCAGGAUACAAUGGACCAAGUUGAAGACUGUUCCCAUUGUGUUGAACCUGGACGAGGUGCACAUUGCUCUGGAAGUAUGUCAGGAGCCGCGGGUGAUGAACCCUGGCGCCGGUGGAGCCCUGCCCGUGCCUGGGAAAUACAGCUACAUACACAAGGUGAUAGACGGAAUCUCAGUGGCUGUGAACCACGUGCAAAUAGACUUUAACUGUGAAGCAUUCACCAGCAGUGUUCAGAUCUCAAGAGUAACCGUGGAGUCUCGGACGCCGGAGGGUCGGAAAGGAGACCUAAGACUGACUAGAAUCAAAUCGCCUGACACCGGACAGCUGCUUAUAUUUAAGGAGUUGGAAUGGCAGAGCGCCCGCAUAGAAGCCAAAGCACACGGCGCGGCGAACGCCAACCUCCCCCCAUUACGACUGCUACUGGGCAACACACAUUGUCGGAUUGUUAUCAAGAAGAGAUUGUCAGACUGUGCAGUGAUAGGGUCUCGCCUAGCGAUAUGCCCGGAGCCCCUGGCGUGGGCGCUGACGGACGGACAACUGCGCGCCAUGUUGGCGUGCGCGGUGGCACUCGCCAAGCCGGUGCAGAGAGCCACUGCCGCCGCUACUAGGAUCAAAGCGUUACGGAAGAUCGAAGAGCCUCGCGAGCAAAUAUCAAGCAGACCGGCGACGGGUGAGCGUGACAUCCUAGCACGGAUGUUUGCCAAGCAUGACGUCCGGGAGACCUCGUACCAUCUGCUGGCGCCGCGGAUAGACCUGCAUCUGUGUGAUGAUCCGGGAUUGGGUCGUUCAGAAAAGCCGUCUCUAUCCAACGGCGGUGCCCUCCAAGUGACGCUGGUCAGCAUGCAGGCCGACCUGUUCCCCUACCACAAGGCGUCUGAUGACAGGAGACAUUGGCGAGGAUAUAGGGAGGCGGCGACCCCCCACAGCCAGUGGCUGUCGCAGGCGCUGUCGUCGUUCUGUACCACGCUACUGGACUCGCUCGACCCGCGCCCACUCACUCCUAGCUCCAAGAUGAGUCAACCCGAGAAGCCCGAGGAGCCGGUCUCCAACGGCAUCAAACACAAACAGACUCCCACGCAACACAGCGCUUCCAAUGCUCCGUCCACUAACUCUACUACUGCCUCGCAAGCGUCGCCGACUCGAACGCGCAUACUGCAGCAGCUCGGCAAACUAAUGACGACGUGUCUUGUACUUAGGAUAGACGACUUCACUGUUUAUAAGGUAUCGACGGGAUCCAAGAGCCGCGACGCGCCCCGCCCGCUAGUGAGCGCUGAGAAGGCCACGCUGCCAGGCGACGCCGGCCUACUGCAUGCUGAACUCACGUUCUUCUACUAUCCUGGAGACGUCUGCUUCCCUGUCCCGGCCCCUAAACUCUACGUGCAGUUGAGUCCGGUCCGUAUAUCGGUGGACGUGAACACGGUGGUGUGGCUGGGGGCGUUCCUGCCGCACGUGGUGCCCAGGGGACACGAUAUAGACAUCGAGGACGCGCCGCCUGCAUACAUGGAUGUUAGGAUGGAAGCUAUCAUGCCUAAGCUGGUCCUGGAGGCGGGCCCGGAGCACGUGUCUGCGCAGCGCGACCGUCCCCGCGAGCUGCAGCUGUGCACGGCGCGCGCCACGCUCACCAACGUGCGGGAGUCGCCACGGGCCAACUCGGCCGGUACGCGCGCGGACCUGGCGUCCAUACUGGCCGCACUGCGCCGGUCCGCGCCGCCGCGGGAUCAGUUCCCGUGCGCGGUAGACGACAUGGACCCCAUACACGAACAGUUUAUAUUGCAUGCUGAUAACCUGGACGACAUAGACCGCGGUACGGAGAUGAGCCCGGAGCUGCUGUGGCGCGAGAGUCGCUCAGUAUGGUGUGCCCGCGUGGAGCCGCUGUGGGCAGACUUCUGCGGCGCACGCGCUACUAACUACAAGCCCGCGCCCUUGUUGGAUGCCACGCCGCUUACUGCUUGGUUAUGUUUCGCGGACGACUUCAGCCGUAUCUGGAUAGUGGCCCGUACGUGUGGCCUGGCCGGUCUGCAGCUCAACCACUACCAGAUGCUGUUCCUCAUGAGGCAGUUGGAGAGGAUCUCCGAGAUGACGGCCUGGCUCGCUCAUGAUGCGGAGAGGCAGCCUGAUGCUGAAGACGGGACCAUCGUAGUUGGUGUAGUGGUACCAGCAGUGGAGCUCACAUUUGUUCUUCCAUCCAACUGUCCUGGACAGGAGUCUUCCAGGGACCUGGACAGCGUGCCACUGGACUCCUCCAGCUUGCAAGACUUGAAAAUGGAGCACCAAACAGUUUCUACGCUAGGCGCGUCCACGCCGCUCGAAGAGAACUGCAUAGGUUCUGAGGCGACGAUGGCGCCGUCUAUGAUGGACCGUGACAGCGGCGUGUUGGCCACCACCUCCGUGGAAGUCUACCAGCCGAUACCCAUUGAGGAACCGCCUCCGCCCAGCCCUGGAUUGAGUUUUGGAGGGUUCUCGUCAAUGCGUCGCGGCUUCACGUCGCUCGUGACGUCGAUAGACAGCGCGCUGACGCGCGACGACACGCGCAGUGACGCGGCGUCCACCGCCAGCUCCGAUAGCGACCGCUACGUCGUCGUUGGCUUGGCGGCCGAGUCGCCUGACGAUGCUGACAUGGCAUUCAGGGAGUUUGAGCACGGCCGAGCAGCAUCAUCAAGUGGUGUAGAGGUGGCAGCCGAGGUGGUGGAACGAUCCUCGUCACCCAGCGACCACUCUGUCACCAGCUCCUGCAGGAGAAGAGAUGUCAUAUCGACAAGUACUUGGCGUCUGAACAACAUUCACAUAGUCCACCAAAGCGGUGGCGGCAGGACCUGUCUCCGACUGGCCGCGGACGAUCUGAAGAGCGACGAGUGUAACGCUAUACCCUGGGAUGAGUUCCAGAACAAGUUCUCAAUGCGGGCGCGCGCCUGGUCGGAGCCUGUCGUGUCGGAGAGUGAUGAGCUGGUGCCGAGGAAUGAGCCUCUGGUCGCUGCUAGACUUGUCAGGACUCAACUGCCGAGAGCGCCUGAGGAUAAGGGUCUAGCACCAUUCGAAGAGUUACUGGAGGCUCGGAUCCGCGACCUCAGUAUAGCUCUGAACAUGAGCACAGCGCUAGCGCUCGCCGAGUUGAUUGAGGAUGAAGUCGUUGCGCCGCCUAUGCCGCUUGAGGUCUUAAUAGAGAACGUGAAACUCCACCUAAUAGAAGAUCGGCCGACGCGUUCGAUAUCAUCACCACCGCCUCAACCUUUGGACAUCGACCUGACCACGUUGAGGAUGACCAGGGAUACUGCUGGGGUGGUUCGCUUAGGGCCUCCAGUCUCCACACCUUCCACCAUAGCUUCUCCAGCCACGCCACAACCACAACCAGAGUUGGAUGAAGCUAGAGAGAAGAUUGAUAGGCUGAAUAGAGAAAAUGAGGAGUUGAGGAAACGGCUUGUGACUUUGGCGAGGAUAGCUGAGGACAAUCGAGAGUUGAGAGCGAAAGUAGAAGAAGCGUCAGUGUUACGGCAGUGCGUGCACGCAGCCCAGCAGGAGGCGGCCAGUCUAUUGGCAGACAAACAGGAGCUUUUGGAAGCCAUGCGUAUUUUACAGGAGCAGAUAUCGGGAGGAUGUCGCGGCAAAAGAUAGCGGUCGCGAGGCGGUCCCCCGCAGGGCUGCCUCGACUGUACAGCGUGCUGCGGCGACCAGCAGACGUAGACUGUGUACGUACCAACCCUGGUACCACGCCAAACGGUACAUUAGUACUUUGUAUAGGAUAACGGACGGAAAAUGUACGCUUAAUGUAUUGUAAGCAGCAUAUUGAUAUGAGCAAACGAUUUGUCAUGUUUAUAACUCAAGAACGGCUGUACUGAUUUUAAUAACAUUUGAUUUCAAAGUAACAUAUGGAAAAUGUACGCUUAUUGUAUUUUACACAGCAUUUGAGCAAAGAUAUAUAAAGAUAAAACAAAGUCGUUACAUAGUAAUUCAAGAACUAGCUGGACAGAUUUUAAUGAGAUUGGUUUUGGUAUCAAAAGAGCAGAUGGAAAAUGUACGCUUAUGGUAUUGUGAGCAGCAUAAUGGUACGCAAAGGAAAGAUUCCUUCAAAUAAAUACAUAAAUAUAUAAAACAAUAUCUUGUUUGUUAAAGAGAUCAAAUUGCAGAUUUUUUUAAAACAUUUUGUUUAAAUUAUUUGAUAUUGUCUGAUCUCGAUUUAGCUCCAAAAUAUGGUUGAAGUACUUACAUCAGCAUUUAUAGUGAUAUUUUUGUUAGGAAUAACUAAUUGAAAGUAACGGCUUAGUCACGUGAACUGUUUGAGAAAAGCUCUACUGGUUUCAAGUCACAUCGGGACUCAUAAUCAUGAGGAGUGUGCGCGACACGCGGCAUGGCGACGUCGCGCAUCCGAUUCAGUUGUUAGCAAUAGCUAUUUUGCUAUUAUUUCAUAUAUGUAUCAUAUUGUGUCAUUAUUCUAUAAAAGUAAAAGAUGUAAUAAUUAUUAUGCAACAAAAUUAACAAUAUAACACACCUAUAUUCCAAACAGCAAAUGUUUUUAAAAAUGUUUCGUAAAUACAAGUUAUUUAAUUAUAUUUUUGUUUACAGUUAUUGUCAACCAGAGUAACAGGAAUCUUAACUAAUAAUCACGGUUUACUCACGUAAAUUAAUGGAGAAAAGCUGUACCAGUCUAGCUAGCAAUACUAACAGGAAUCUUAUUUUUCAUAGUCAGAUAGCGUUGUCUAAAAUUACAACAUAAAAAAAUAACACAUCGAACGCCGUGGUGGUCACCGGUCACCGACGUUAGCGGAGGAUUUGCCUUCAACAGUUUUCUAUUGGCAAUCAGACUUAAACGUGAACAAAAUUUAUUGGCUGCUAUUUACUUUACUUGUAAAAACAACUAUACUAAUAGCUAAAGAAUCUCUGUCUUUAUAAAAAUGUUAGCAAACUAACUGUUGUAUUUUGGAAAACUAAUAUUAAAUUAGCAACCUUACUGUAUAUAACCAAACGUGUGAUACCCAAAAUCAUGUUAUAUAUUAUAAUAAAGAAAUGUAUAACAAUGUUAUAAAUCAUAAAUAAAUUGGCCAUAUUAAUAUUAUGUAUAAUUGUAGUUUGGUGUUAAAAAACAAUAUGUUUAUAGAAACUUCCUAAACAGCCCCUGAAAUCUCCCUUUUCAAUAAUUAAAGAUGUUGAAAAUGUUGAAUCUUUAUAAUAUAUUUAUUACUAUUAUAAUAGACGUCUGAAUAUUACCUCAAUGUGAAAACUAAUAGGAGAAUCGUAUUUGUAAUUUCUCAAUAGAAAUACCAAUAGUUAAAUUAAAGAUCUAUUCUAUUACAUCAUAGGGCUUAGUAUGAGUUUGUAUUACGUUUAACGAGAGCGCGUUCAGCGCCCUGAUUGGUUGGUUCAUUCGCGCCGGCCAAUCAGAUCACCGAGCGCGGUUUCGUUUUGUUUUCGUUCAACGUAAAACAAACUCGUACUAAGGGUACUGAGAUCCUAAUAAAACUAUUGUAUAGUAAAUAAUAGAUAGCUACUAUUGAAAUAUUUCUCAAUACAUAGAAAGAAACUAAUAUUUCCCAAUUCCAUCCUGUCAGAUACCCAAUAGUUACUUUCCUGUCAUACAAAACAGUUUUAUUUAAAAAUUAAACUUGAUAAUUUCAUUUGUGACUCUUAGAUAGUAAUAUAUUAAAAAUAAAUAUGGUUAUGAGAGAGUAGAUAAAGUAUAUUGAAUUGGUCGGCUGCUGUUGUAAAGAUAUUUAAAAAUAAACUACUUAACAAGCACUAAGAGGCUUUUGGUGUACAUUAUCGUAUCGUAAACUAUUUAUAAUGUAAUUAUUCAAUAUUAUUUUGGUGCCAAAAGCGCAGACUGUAUUUUAAAUGUAUGAAAUAUGAUAUUUAUUCUUUGAACGCAAAAAAAACCGUUACGUCUUCCAUGUUUCUUUUCUAUCGAUCGAUGUACAAAAAGACGUUCCAAAUUCAAAUACUUACAUAUCCUUCUAUCUAAAGUCCAAAGAGUAAAAAUCAUAGUUUUAUACUUUGAUUUUAAAGAGGUUGUAAAUAAAAGUUUUUAUAUUUUUUUUAAAUGAAGUGAUGCUUUUUGUUCGUGUAAUUUUAAUGUAUUGUACAUAAUUUUAUCAGGUGACGUGAUGUAGCUAUUUUUUCGGAUCUUUUUACUGUUUAUUAAUAAAAAUAUUUCAUUAUGAAAAAUUCCAUUUGUAUAAGUUUUGUAAAAUUAAGACGUGUUUAGUGGUAUUUUUGAUACAAACUUGAAAGGGAUCAAUUUCAACACAAGUCCUUCAGAAAUUCUAUGCUUAUUAAUUCUCUAAAGUAUCGUGAAAUACUUGUCUCAAUGUUCUUGUAUCCAAUACAGCUAGAAACGUCUUAAAAUUCUAUGGUAUGUAAUAAAAAAAAUGUAUCAAUAUAUUAUGUAUAAAUCUUUGAAGAGUUCAGUGAGAAUUUUUAGAAGUUAACUUUUGAUAGUACAUAGGUAUUUACAUCUCUAUAUAUUUAGUCGAGUUAACAUCUGUUGCUGUGCAAUGUCUAAUACAAUCAUAUUGCGUUUGUGUCUUGUAUGCUACUUGCUGUUAAAUGGUGGUAAUAAUAAUAUUUAGUAUUUUUAUAGUGAUAAUAAUUUGUCAUCAUCAUCAGUCAGAAGACUCUUAGUCAAGUUAACCAAUGUUUUUAAUAGAGAUACUUGCGUAUACUGAUUUGUAUUUGUUAUUAAGGCUUGGCCUAACGUUUUAUAGAUAAACUACAUCUGUUAUUAAUCUCUUUCGUUCGUUUUUAAUGUAAUACUAAAAUAUUACCACCAAUUACCAGGUUUUAUAUCACUUGUUAAAAAGCAAUGUAUUAACAUUUGGUGUAGCUCUAUAUCAUAUACUUAACUCUUUUACUAUGUGUUAGGAUAAAAAGAACUUGUGCCUGUAAUAAUUAGGUACAUAUUAAUAUAUCCGCUUUAUGGUCGUUGCUGCCUUUUUAUACUCUCAUCUAUUUAAUCGAUGUAACUAAUAAGAAACUUGUCCUUUGUUUGUCUGUCUUGUAUACGAUAAAGUGACAUUUAGUCGCUGAUAAAAUAGUAUUAAAACUUAAAGUAAAAGGCGGGAACCGCCAUCUUUUUUUAUUCGUGGUUUGAAGUCACUAAAUGUCAUUUUGAAUCGUUGUUUUUUUUAAAUACUUUUUUUCUGUAUAAUGUUGAUAGAAGGUACUCUGUCCAAGGUAUGCUGUCCCUUCAAUGAGAUGAUGUGUGAAGCUGUGAAGCAAUCUGACUUUUAAAACAUGUACCAUAAAGUUGUUGCGAUUUAUUUAGUUACGAAGGAAUUGUUAAAAUUAAAUUCAAUAUUCUAUAAUAA